AUGAGCUGUGGCACCCAUGCGGGGACUCUGGGCACGCUGACAUCUGUAGCGCUGACCUUGCUGUGGGUGAUCUGCCUGAGCCUGGAGCUGGAUUAUGAUUCGGAUUUUGAUUACUUGCUGGAGGACAACAUUGAUGAGUUUGAAUACAUGGAUCCCUGCAAGGCUGCUGCUUACUGGGGAGAUAUUGCUUUGGAGGAAGAUGACCUGCAGUGGCUUCACAUAAACGAAUCAUAUGAUAACAGAAAACCUACAGUUAACCAAACUGGACUUACAACAGAUGUCACCAUGAGCGAAAUGGUUACAGAAAACCCCACACCACCAUACAGUGCUCUGCAUCUACAAGGAUCUAAUGAAAGAGUUCGUAGAGCUGCAACAUCAAGAACUGAAAGAAUAUGGCCUGGGGGAGUGAUACCAUAUGUCAUUGGAGGAAACUUUACUGGUUCUCAAAGAGCAAUUUUUAAACAAGCAAUGAGACACUGGGAAAAAUACACUUGCGUAACAUUUGUAGAAAGAACCGACGAGGAAAGUUUCAUCGUAUUUACUUACAGGACAUGUGGCUGCUGUUCAUAUGUAGGUCGACGAGGAGGAGGUCCUCAGGCUAUAUCCAUAGGCAAAAACUGCGAUAAGUUUGGCAUUGUGGUACAUGAGUUGGGUCAUGUUGUUGGAUUUUGGCAUGAACACACUCGACCGGACAGAGAUGAACAUGUAUCAAUUAUAAGAGAAAACAUACAACAAGGUCAGGAAUACAACUUCCUUAAAAUGGAGCCAGGUGAAGUUAAUUCUUUAGGAGAAACCUAUGAUUUUGACAGUAUAAUGCACUAUGCCCGGAACACAUUCUCAAGGGGUGUUUUCCUUGACACCAUACUUCCUAGACGAAUUGAUGCCUCCGUCCGACCCACUAUUGGUCAGCGGAUACGACUCAGCCAAGGAGACAUUGCACAAGCAAAGAAACUUUAUAAAUGUCCAGCAUGUGGGGACACAUUGCAGGACUCAAGUGGGAAUUUUUCAGCCCCUGGCUACCCAAGUGGUUACCCCUCUUACACGCACUGUAUCUGGAGAAUAUCUGUUACACCAGGAGAGAAGAUUAUUUUGAACUUCACAGCAAUGGAUCUAUUUAAAAGUAGAUUGUGUUGGUACGAUUACAUUGAAAUUCGUGAUGGUUAUUGGAGAAAAGCACCCUUGCUAGGCAGGUUGUGCGGUGAUAGACUUCCAGAGCCAAUCAUUUCUUCAGACAGCAAACUAUGGAUUGAAUUCCGAAGCAGCAGCAACAUCCUGGGAAAGGGAUUUUUUGCUGUCUAUGAAGCUAUAUGCGGAGGAGAAAUCCGAAAAGACUCUGGACAAAUCCAGUCUCCAAAUUACCCUGAUGACUAUAGACCAUCUAAGGAGUGCAUCUGGAAAAUCACAGUUUUAGAGGGAUUCCUAGUGGGUCUGUCUUUUCAAGCUUUUGAGAUUGAAAGACACGACAAUUGCGCAUAUGACUACCUGGAAGUCCGUGAUGGAAUUUCAGAAGCGAGUCCAUUGAUUGGUCAUUUCUGUGGCUAUGAAAAGCCUGAAGAUAUUAAAUCUACCUCAAAUAAACUGUGGAUAAAAUUUGUAUCAGAUGGGUCUAUCAACAAAGCUGGAUUUUCUGCCAACUUCUUUAAAGAGAUGGAUGAAUGCUCCAUGCCGGAUAACGGGGGAUGUGCGCAGCGAUGUGUUAACACCUUGGGAAGUUACAAAUGUGUUUGUGAACCUGGAUUUGAAUUGACUGCAGAUAAGAAACACUGUGAAGCUGCGUGUGGAGGAUAUAUUACAAAGUUGAAUGGGACGGUAACAAGCCCUGGCUGGCCAAAGGAAUACCCCACUAAUAAAAACUGUGUGUGGCAACUGGUAGCCCCAGCACAGUACAGAAUAUCUCUGCAGUUUGAAGUCUUUGAGCUAGAAGGCAAUGAUGUGUGUAAGUACGAUUAUGUGGAAAUUCGCAGCGGAUUAUCAUCAGAAUCCAAACUUCAUGGAAGAUUUUGUGGUUUAGAAAAACCUGAAGUCAUCACUUCUCAAGGCAAUAGUAUAAGACUGGAAUUCAAAUCAGACAACACCGUAUCCAAGAGAGGGUUUAAGGUUAACUUUUUCUCAGAUAAGGAUGAAUGCUCUAAAGAUAAUGGUGGCUGUCAACAUGAGUGUAUCAAUACAUUUGGUAGCUAUGUAUGUCAGUGCAAAAAUGGAUUCACGCUUCAUGAAAAUGCACACGACUGUAAAGAAGCUGGAUGUGAACACAAACUUCUAAGUGCAGAGGGAACAAUUUCAAGUCCUAACUGGCCAGAUAAAUACCCAAGCCGGAAAGAGUGUACAUGGGACAUCACCGCAACUGCUGGUCACAGAGUCAAACUCGUGUUCAAUGAUUUUGAAAUAGAACAGCAUCAAGAAUGUGCAUAUGAUCACCUCGAAAUGUAUGAUGGACCCAGCAGUAAAUUCCCUAUUCUUGGCCGUUUCUGCGGCAGUAAAACUCCUGGUCCAGUGGUCGCAACAACCAACAAUAUGUUUUUGCGUUUCUAUUCUGAUGCUUCCGUUCAAAGGAAAGGAUUUCAGGCAAAGUAUAGUACAGAAUGUGGAGGGCGGCUAAAGGCGGAAAUUCAGACAAAGGAUCUUUAUUCACACUCCCAGUUUGGUGAUAACAAUUACCCAGUACAGUCUAACUGUGAGUGGGUCAUAGUAGCGGAGGACGGAUAUGGCGUUGAAUUAAUUUUCCAGACUUUUGAGAUAGAAGAAGAAGCAGACUGUGGUUACGAUUACAUGGAAAUCUAUGAUGGAUAUGACAGCACUGCUCCAAGACUUGGGAGAUAUUGUGGAUCUGGGCCUCCUGAAGAAAUAUAUUCAGCUGGGGAUUCCCUUAUGAUUCGUUUUCAUACGGAUGACACAAUCAACAAGAAGGGUUUCCAUGGGCGAUACAUUAGCACCAAAUUUCAGGAUGCCCUUCACAUGCGGAAAUGAUUAUAAUCCUCGUGAUUUUUUAUAUAUAUUUUUAUGUUGGG